UGCUGGUGUUAGCAUUUAGCUAAAAGCACUAGAAUGAACACACCAACCAACAAAGUGACCUUAUUGAGUAACAGCCAUAAAAGCCAUUUAUUGCCUUUUACAACAUGCUAACAGCUUCCAAGAUCCAAGCAAACUGUACACGGUAAAGAAAGCACUACCUCGAUUGAAGUUCUUCCUCAUGUCCUAACAACAAAAUGCUUUUACUCGGGAUUGAAGAGAAGGAGUUGUAGUUAAAGGACAAACAAUAACCAGGCUGAUGACGUUGCUGCUGGGUUCAGUGUGGCUACUGCUGGCCUUCUCUCUGCUGUUUACCCCUGUGUCUGUCGGAGCUUGUUUAACUCAGGAGUUUAGCUGCUCCCAGGGGUUAUGUGUGCCGGAGGACUGUGUGUGCGACUUCACUGACGACUGUGGAGAUGGCAGCGACGAGGAAGACUGCUCCAGAUAUAAGAGGUGUGACUUUGAGGAGGGAUUCUGUGACCUGAUCCAGAGCUCAGAGACGCUCUCUGGAUGGACCAGAACAACUGAGCUCCUGCGACCUUCACAAGACCACAACAACAACACAUCAGCACAUUUCCUGUCACUUGUACCUGUCAGUGGAAACAGAACCACUGCAGACCUGAGCAGCCCCGUUUUCCUGCCCAGUCAGACCUGCCAGAUGAGUUUCUACCACUAUGUUGGCGCAAAACAUGGAGAUCUUCAGGUCUUGGUUCAGGCUCAUACUCUGGAUCAGAGCGCAGAGGUGUGGAAACACUCCACACAGAUUGAAACGUGGCAGCGGACAGUGAUUAAGUUCUCCAGCAAUCACAGUUUUCAGGUGGUGAUUCGAGGGCAGUUUUCAGCUGACAGCAGAGCCUCUGAGGUCCUGGCCCUCGAUGACCUAUCCUUUGGUCUCGGCUGUGUGACUGGGGCUGGGAGCAGUGUACCCCUUCCUCCUGUUUGCCCUCCCUCGUUUUUUGCCUGUGGCAGUGGAGAAUGCAUCGAGGAGAGCAAAGUGUGUGACUUCACCCCACAUUGUCCCCACGGAGAGGACGAAGCCAGCUGCCCAUCUGAGUGUGACUUUGAGGGAGGUAAUUGCGGCUGGUAUGAGUUCACCCUUGGCGAUGGCUUUGACUGGGUCAGGGGCUCCUCUGUGGAGGUUCCUCCAUACUACCACCCACCUCCUCUGGACCACUCUACAAACAGCACUGAGGGCCACUUUAUGUUUAUACUGAAGAACAGCAGCAGUCUUUAUCCAAGGGCUGUCCUCCGAGGACCCUGGUUCAAACAGUCGGCCUCCGGGUGUACCAUGACCUUCUGGCAUUAUAACUCAGGUAUGUCAGUGGGUGCUGCAGACAUGUACCUUCGAAUCAACGGAGUCCCAAACAACACUGUCAUAUGGAGGACCUUGUACGACCAGGGAGCUCGUUGGAACCAGGUCACCGUACAGCUUGGUCGUAUCACCCAGCCCUUCCAGAUCGCUCUGGCUAAGAUCAGCCUCGGUGUGUUUGAUGGGGUCUCCGCCUUGGAUGAUGUCACCUUCAAGAACUGCUCGAUGCCCCCUGCAGUGGCAGAGUGCCCAGCACACACACAUUUCCACUGCGUGCAUACCAAGGCAUGUGUGGAGCACUUGCAGCUCUGUGACCUUGUGGAUAACUGUGGGGAUGGAUCCGAUGAGGAGGAAUGUUCUCCAGAGCUGCAGUGCAACUUUGAACACGGGCUGUGCAGCUGGAAACAAGAACUGAGUGGAGGAGAUGUGUUUGAUUGGACCCGCAUCCGAGGCCCCACUCCGACCACCAACACGGGGCCCUGGAAGGACCACACACUGGGCAACAGCUACGGCCACUACCUCUACAUCGAGUCCUCUGUCCCUCAGGAGUUCAAGGACACAGCUGUGUUGCUGAGCAGAGCCUUCCAGCCCACCCACCAACGCGGCAAGGACCCGUUCAAGUCCCGCCACCACUGUGCUUUCCGCUUCCAUUACCACAUGUUCGGCUCACACGUGUUCUGCCUGGCGGUGUACCUCAGGACCACCGCGACAGGUCGUGGGCACAUGCUGUGGGUACGCUAUGGAGACCAAGGAAACUUGUGGCACAGGAAGACUCUCUACCUCACCAGCGCUCGGCCGUUCCAGAUUGUAAUUGAAGGGACAGUUGGAGAUGAUUUUAAUGGAGACAUUGCCAUUGAUGAUCUUUCCUUCCUGGACUGUGACCCAUAUGAAGGUGAGCUCCCGCAUGCAAAUACCACAAUCCCUACAGUGACCCCUCCUGCCCCCACAGUCCAGCCCCACAGCUGCCCUGAGGGGCAGUUUGUGUGUGGGGCGGACGGGGAGUGUGUUGCCAACAGCAAAGUGUGUGACUUCAGACUGGAUUGUUCUGAUGGCUCAGAUGAACUAAACUGUGUGAAAGAACGAUGUGAUUUUGAAGGCGGUGACACUUGUGGUUGGAAGGGCGUCGACUCUUCUUUAGUCCCGAUCCACGCUUUUCGCUGGUCACCUGACCAAGGGGAGAGCAUUCACGAUGGAGAGCAGUACCACCGUCCUAUUAUUGACCACACCCUAGGCAGUGCAGAGGGUUGGUACAUGUGUGCAGACAGUUCAAACGGUGGCUACGGUCAAACCACUGACAUCCAGACACCUGCCAUUUCCUCCACUGGGCCACAGUGCACCCUGGUCUUCUGGUACCACAUGAGUGGAUUCACAGUGGGAUCACUACAGGUGCUGUUGAAGUACGGAAACGUCACUCAUGAGAUUUGGUCUCAGACUGGUAACCAAGGCAACAAAUGGAGACGGGGAGAAGUGUUUUUGGGGUUAUCAAACAACUUCCAGGUGGUGUUCAGGGCGAAGCGAGGGAUCAGCUACAUGGGCGAUGUGGUGAUAGAUGAUGUCAGCUUCCUGCACUGCUCCUCUCCUCUUCCUGCAGAGCUGGCGUGUUCACCUGAGCAGUACGCCUGCGCUAACGGCCGCUGCAUCCCUCAGGACAACCUGUGUGACUUCAUCAACCACUGCGGGGACAACUCUGAUGAGGACCCCUUCAUCUGCAAGAGCUUUAGCGGACGCUGCAGUUUCGAGUUUGACCUCUGUUCCUGGCGUCAGUGCCGACAGGAUGACUUUGAUUGGCUGAUCAAGGCGGGCAGCACUCCCACAGUUGGCACCGGGCCAUCGAGUGACCACACCCUGAGGGACCCCUCAGGACACUAUCUCUAUCUGGAGAGCUCCUUCCCCCAGGCAGCAGGAGACACCGCCUGUAUAUCAGGACCCGUACUGAGCCGCAGGAGCUCACAGUGCAAGAUGCGUUUCUAUUUUCACAUGUCUGGAGACGGCAUCGGGACCCUCAGCGUGUUGAGGAAAAGCGAAGGGCAACCUCAUCUCCUUCUCAACCUGACGGGGGAUCAGGGCAACUACUGGCAGAUGAAGGAGAUCCUGCUGAGCCACAACAGGGACUUUCAGGUCAUGUUUGAGGGCAAGGUGGGCCGAAGUCAAAAGGGUGACAUCUGCCUGGAUGACAUCACUUUCUCUCCAGGGUGUCUGCUGGCCUCGUCAGCUACCACAGAGGACAGCACUCCUCCGCCUCCUGAAGGCUUGUGUGCUUCAGGCUUCCUGCCUUGUGAAAAUGGCGGGUGUUUCACUCCGGGGCAGAGCUGUGACUUCACAGACGACUGUGGUGACGGCACUGAUGAAAAGGAAUGUGGCACUUCCUGCUCCUUCGAGAACGGGCGCUGUGGCUGGAAGAGCUCCCUGGCUGAUAAUUUUGAUUGGACGCUGGGGACCGGAUCUGUGAAGAGCAUCCGGCCUCCAUACGACCACACGCUGAUGGAUGAAAGUGGUCAUUUCGUCUUUCUGGAAGCGACACCGGUGGGACUGAAAGGUGAUAAGGCUCAUAUUAGAAGCUCAGUGUGGAAAGAGUCAAGCGCCAUCUGCAAGCUCUCCUUCUGGUACUAUAUUUCCCACAAGGCUACAGGAACAAUCCGUCUGCUGAUCAAGACAGAGAACGAUUUGUGGGAGGUGUGGAACAAAACUGGGCAUCAGGGGAAUAAGUGGAACCAAGUGGAGAUCCCCCUGAGGAAGCUGAGGAAGUUCGAGGUGAUAUUCGAGGGGAUUCGCUCAAUGGAUGUGAGUGGAGGAGCUGCCCUGGACGACCUGGAGUUCAUAGACUGUGCCCCAAAUGUUGUGGAGCCACUGAGUUGCCCUGCAGUCACAGACUUUGUGUGUCACAGCGGCCACUGCAUUGAGUCCCACCUGGUGUGCGACAACAAGGCCGACUGUGCUGAUGAAUCCGAUGAGAUAGACUGCGAACACAUAGUCGGCUCGCCAGGCGCUUGUCAUUUCAACAUGGAUGAAAACCAGUGGGAAGACACCUGCCAGCUUUCUCAGGACGCUGAUGAUGACUUUGACUGGAGGAUUGGUUAUCGGAGUGAGACACCAGGAGCUGGACCUCAUGAAGACCACAGUCCUGGCGGAGGAGGGAACUUCCUGUACAUACACUCAGCCACUCAGAGGGAGGGUGACGUCGCCAAGGUGACAACCCGGAGUCCAUUUCCAGCCAGCAUCGGCCUGUGUCACCUGCGCUUCUGGUUCUACAUGCACGGCUCUGACAGGAUGGGAACGCUGAAGGUCUACACUGUGGGACCCAGUGGCACCAGUCUGCUGAUGUGGGCAGCCACUGGUAACCAUGGUAGCCAGUGGACAUACGCUAACGUCAUCCUGUCCAACCCAGCACCUUUCAGAGUGACGUUCCAGGCAGAGGUGGGUGGAGACGUGUGGACAGACAUCGCCUUGGACGACAUCUCCUACACUGCAGAGUGUAGGGUAACAGGACCAGUAACUCCGCAGCCUCUGACCUGUGGUGUGGACCAGUACCAGUGUGCGUACUCCUUCCAGUGUGUCCCAGAGAGUUGGAGGUGUGACGGAGAGCCGGACUGUGCCGACCGGUCUGACGAAGAGCUUUGUCCCUCUGUGGUACCUGGUACUCUUCCUCCUCAGGGAUGUCCUGCUGGAAAUUACCAGUGUUCCAAUGGUCACUGCCUCCCGUCCUUACUGCGCUGUGAUGGCGUCCCAGACUGCCCUGAUGGAGAGGAUGAGUACAGCUGCCCUCUGCUGCAGUGUGAGCUGGGAGAACUGGUGUGUGAAAAUUCGCCUGGUUGUAUCCCAGUUCAGGAGCGUUGUGAUGGCUCUGCAGACUGUCUGCCUUUUCACUCUGAUGAGUCCAGCUGCGAUGAUUGUCCUCCGCUGUAUUGCCUGGAUCGUGGCUCAUGCCUCGUGGAGAAACAUGGGCCUGUUUGCAUGUGUUAUCCGGGAUGGACAGGUAACCGCUGCCAUGUGAGAGAGAAACCAUCUCUCUCCACUUCAACACCCAAACCAGAGGAUACACAGCUGGAAUCUGUGUAUGUUGGCAUUGCCAUCGGACUGCUGCUGCUUGUGGCCGGAGUUGCUGUCUGCACUCUGGCUUUAUACAAAAAAAUAUGCUGCUUAAUAAAGCCCGGCCCGAUGGAGUACGGAGUGAUGGAUAACCCAGCGUUGGACCGGAGAGCAGAGCUCCCGUCCCCGCAUGACAGACCAGGCGGUUGUCCCCGACAUAACCCCAGCAGGAGUGAUGGUCGCGGGCUUUCCAUCAGUGUCUACCCCUGGAGGAGGGAGGUGGAGCAGGGUUCGACCUGGAAAGAUGCCAAGAUGUCCUUCGCUAACCCACUGUACAAUUACUCCCCUGAUGCUAAUAACGCUGACUACAAAAGCUCUGAAGCAUAAAAACAAUGGACUUAACUUAUUGACACUGUGUGAGUGUGCACAUACUUGAUGAGUUUGUCCUGACCUGCUGAGAUGUCAAGUGGAGAGAAAGCAAAGCAAAGAGUGGAUUUUUUUUUGUUCUUUUGUAAGGAAGUAUAUGAAUGUCAAUUCUGUUAGACUGCUGUUGCCGUCGUGAUUGACAACUAAAUUAUUAAUUAAUCGAAUGAUGUGUUACCUUCACCCACCUGGUGUGAAAAUAAAAGCUAAAAGUCCUCCACACUAACUCAUAGUUGUUGAGUUUAGGGCUUAAACAUAUUUUGUCUAUAUAAAUACCAAUAAACCAUUUUUAAAAAGCACUCAAAGAGGUAAAUAGAAAUGUAGAUUUCUCUGCAGAUCGCAAACAAUCUGCAACAACUACGAUGAAGGUGUUUUACAAGGGGGCACCUUUAAGUAAUAUAAUAAUUCAAAUUUUUGGGGGUUACACCUAUUUUCUGUCUUGUAGAGAGUUCGAUCAAUCAAUGAAAUACCACUGCACAGUAAAUAUGUAGCUACAGGAUGAGGUCAGUUAGUUUAAAGACUUGAAGCAAGGGAAACAGCUAGCCUGACAUUCUCCAAAAGUAACAAAAUUCUCUUAUAAGCACCUCUUGUUUAAUCUGUAGAAAAAACAAACUUUGAAAACAACAAGUCUUUUUUUUGGCAAGGUGCCAAAGUUUUUCCACUGUAUCCAGUCUUUAUGUUAAGCUAAGGUACUUAGUUGAGCUGUACCUUCAUAUUUAGCAGAGCAGUGUGGGAUCAUGGGAGUUGGUGUCUUCAUAGUUAAACAACCACCACUAUCUGAGGUGCCUCAGGCAGAAAUAAUGUUCACGGAGAAGUUAGCGUAUUCAAAUUUUAUUUACGUUAUGUUUCUACACGAUAUGUUGUAUCAUUCUAACGAAAUAAAGCAAGUAAUGUUCGGUGACGUGAUGUUAAGUUGUCAACUUCCCAAUAGAUAGAAUACAGAUGCAGUAAAAAUGAAUUAAAUAGAUUGCCCAUUUUUGUAAAAGAGGGAAAAAAGUCAAACUGGGCUUUAGAAGAUAUCCAAAAAAAGAAGUUUGGGCCAUUUUGUACACUAAAUACAGCCAGUGUUGCAGUACUUCAGGACUCUAACUUGCAGGAAUGUUUGUGAGUGUCUUGUGCAUGGUGAUUAAAGGUUUUCUUUACUGCUGGCAAAAGCAGAAAACCUCCAGUUCAUUGAACUGAAAGACUCCACUGAACACACAGAGCUUCCAAAUGGAGUCCUGACUUCAUUAGUGAUCCUUUUUAAUCCCCAC